UUCGUUCUUCGUUCAGAUGAUUCAGUUCAGACAAUAGUAUUUCAACGAAAAACAGAGUACUCAUACUGAUUUAUUUAUGUGUUUGUACUGAGCUAUUUUCACAUAUCGGACUUUACUCUGUUUUUUCAAUAUGGUUUUCCUCGUGACUUAUUUUAACCAUUCGAACUGAUGAUGACGUUAGCUCCGAACUUUUUAGCUUAUAGUAGCAAAUCUCUUUAGGUUAUCUUUCUUCUCAUUCUAACUUAUGGCGUCACCACAUCCGACUCGUGGUGUUCAUCACUUUUUUUAGGUGAAUUCGUUGUUAUAAUUUUUGGCAUUGCCACAAGCAUUUCAACUAGCACUAAGAGCCAGCACUAAGGGCCAGCAGCGUGAGUUACUUGAACCCAUGGGUGAGUUCAUAACUGCACCUUUUAGGCAGUAAUACUUGAAUGUCUCAGAAAAAUAUCCAGGUGAAAACUACAAUUAGAAUAAGAAAAACACACGCACACAACACGCACAACCCACACUAGUACAACACAUGAGCACACGCAGGCACACACACGAAGCCGUCGUCGUCCUGCGGAUGCACGCCAUGGCUGGGCUUGACAACUUGGUUGGGCUUGACAACUCACACUUCUACCGACAGACCCACCACAGGAGCAAUAGCAUAAAAAACCCAAUUUAACCUGAAACCGAAUAAACAAAUAGCAGAAACUUCCAUUUUCAUUAUGAUGAACAAAAGAAUAUUAAAUGGAUAAAUUGAUGAAAUAGCUUCUCAGCAACCACACAUGAAUUUUAGUUUGUACUGAGCAUUGUUUCAUCAUUGUCCACAAAUGAUAGUACAAACUAAGCAUAACAAAGAGAAAUCCAAAAAAAUGUUGAACCUUCAGAAGCAUAACAACCUGCUACAUGAAACAAGUUGUAAGGAAUGACAUUUGCAACCGGUAGCUCUGUUUGUACAGGAAUACAUGCAAGCAAAACUAAUUGAAGUUUCUGUCGACAUGGUUCUAUACAUAUUCAGUCCAUAUCUUGAUAAUAGCAUCAGAUUUUGAUAUACCUAGAAUCCAUCUUCCUCGUCGCUCCAAUUCAUGUACUGUGAACAGAGGAAGGAAGGAUCAACAAGUUCAAUGUUUUCAGGCACUAAGGAUCAAUGAAGUUCAAAACUAGAGGAAAGGCUCUGACCUCCACCAAGUGCAGUAGCUGAGCCACGCUGCUGUAGGAGAGCGACAACGUGCUCGAACGGAUACCGCUGGUGGGAACCAGCGGGAUCCAGGUCGCUGCUACGAUGAACCUCCUACGGAGGUGGCGUUGAACGGCCUGCGGUGGUGGCUGUGAUCGGCCAGGGUGCUCCUAAAGACAUGACAACAUAAAAAAAAAUCUUAGUGUUACAAGAGAUAAUACAAGCAAAGAUGCAUUCCAGUCAUACGAGCAAAUGAAUUGAGAUUCAGCCAUACAAGCCUAAUGAGUUAUUGUUGUUUGUAUGGCCCAAAAAGAAAUGAGUAAUCACAUGUAAUUUCCAGAAAGGGAAGAACAUUUUAAACUCUUUCGCAAGUAUAUAUGUGAUAAACAGAUACAAUGUAUCCAUUGAACUGAUAUAUAUUUUUUUCGCAAUGAACUUUUGUGAUAUAGGUACUACAAUUUGUACCAACAAUUUAUAUAUACCAUGUCAAAAGCAAACAACAUGCAUAUAUAUUGAUCUGCUAGUCCACAUCAACAAGCACGACACCAGCAUACAACAAUAACCAGACAUGGCGCCUUGACCCGGCCUCCUUCGACCUAUGAUUGGUUCGUUGUCCUUGCCAUCAAUGGCAAUGCUCCUGAACUUGUCUUAGACUGGUAGUAGAACUUACCGGCCCUCCACACUUGCACUGAAGACAUUUAAACGAACACAAAAUGAACCUCCUAGCAUUUAUUCUGUGAACUUCUCAAGGUACACAUGUUUCACUAAAUUUGCAAGUUGGUUUUCUUCUUUCUUCUAUCAGAUAACUUACACAUAUAGAUCUUCUUUACAAAAUUAUAUAAACGACACCACACGUGUGUACUGGUUUAUUUGAACAUCCCAUAAGUAUAAAAUCCAUAUAAUUAGAAUAAAAGUGCUUUUUAGGAGUACUUAGGGAGUGAAUACAAGCUUAUUUAGAACAUGCUAUCAAGAAUUCAGCGAGGGGAAUGGAUGUUCUUCAAGAGAAUUCAGGGGAGAGAGCGAGGGGAAACCUUGACGGCAGCAAUAUGAGGUUGUGGCGACUAAUAUGACAGUAGGCUUGACCUCAUCAGAGCAUAGGAACUAGGCCAACGAACUUACCACGACCAUGUCGGCACAGGCGAUCGGACAUUGGUAGGGAGACGUAGGCCUUAGCAUCUUGAGACGUCUGGACCUGCAAAAAAAUGGUGAAUGAACUGCUAACCUAGGCACAUGAACGCAAUGGUUUACCAGUUAAUAAAUCCGUCUUGUUAUUCAGUUUUACCAGUUAAUUCAAACAAACCAGAAGUGAAGCUUAGUUGCGAGCACUUGAAUACGAAGAAGUCCAACUCUGCUGCAAUCACAUGGUCCACUAGAGCUUCAGAAAAAUGUAAUCAUCCAAGAGUUCUAGUACAGAGCACGUAUAACACUGAAUUUGUUUCUUCGAACUUGCCAGUUUUCAGGGUCAGAACUUAUUUCUGCAUUUUGCCUGUCCUAAUGAGGGCUUGCAGAUGUCAGCUUGGAAAACAUGCCCUCCUUUUAGCAUCCCCUUCAUUGUUUAUGGAAGAACGCGAAGAGUGAUUGUGUUAUGACCGGUUUGGUCUAUACCAGAAAGAGGCCCACCGGGCAUUAGUAUUAGGGGCUUGACCCACAAGUUAUCUUAGGCAAGUUAUAUUAGGCAAGUUAUCUUAGGCUAAAGCUAUAAAUACUAGUUGUAAGACACCGUUUGAGGCAAGCAAUAAAGAUAUUAUAAUCUUCUAUUGCCCGGCUCCCCACGGAGCCGGAACCCUAGCCGCCGCACCUAACCCUAGCCGCGACGGCGCCCCAUCGCCGACGCGCCCGCUCCAGCCCUCGUCUUCCUCCCCCUUGUCCGUACAAUCUACGCCGGAGGCCCGGUAGGAACCCUAGUCCUACCAAUUUGGUAUCCAGAGACACCAGGCCGAUCAUGUCGCUUCCUCCAUCACCGCCGCCGCUGCCAUCCACCUCCGCUGCCGCCGGCCACCUCCUCGCCGAUGACGGCGAUCACGUCCGGGACCUUCACCACCACCGCGCCAGCGACGACCACCACCACGGCGGAUCCGCCCCCGCUCCUUACGCCCGAGGAGGUGUCGGGCACCCUGCGAGAGCUCGUCCGGGCCGUCCGGGGCAUCACCCUCUACCUCGCCGGGAACCAGCCCCCGCCGCCGAGUGCCGCCACCACCGCCUAUGGGCCGCCGCCGCUACAGUGGCCCGCCCCGGCCUUCCAGGCGCCCUACGGAGGGGCGCCUCCGCCGCCGCUCCUGCUGCCCUACCCGGCCGCGGGAACGCCUUGGCCAGCGUGGCCGACCGCCACCGCAUCGCUGGGGGGCCCGCCUCAGCAGUUCCUCCCAGCGCCACCGCCGGCCCCCGCGACGGUGCAGCAGCACCACCAGGCGCCGCCGCCAUCGACAGCACCACCACCCGCGUCCCGCCCUACUGGCCGGCCCCUUCACCAGGUGCAAUUUCCGCCCUCGCCAUCGCCGAUUCCCGCGUGGGCAGCCGGCUCGUCUCCGGACCCGGUGUAUACUACGGCGCCGGAACACCCAAUGCCCUCCUUCCGAUCUGACCGUCCCUCCAGCUCGGCGAACUACGCCCCAGAGAUCCCCGACCCGGCACACGCACUACCGUUGACUGCAGCUCCCGGGCACAGUGGCCCGACACCCCCUCGCUUCGCCAAACUGGACUUCGCCACUUACGACAGCACGGAGGACCCCCUUAACUGGCUCAACCAGUGCGAGCAGUUCUUUCGAGGGCAGCGGACACUCGCUUCGGAUCGUACCUGGCUCGCGUCCUAUCAUCUCCGAGGCGCGGCGCAGACUUGGUACUACGCCCUCGAGCAGGACGAGGGCGGCAUGCCACCAUGGGAGCGCUUCCGGGAGCUUUGUCUCCUCCGGUUCGGGCCUCCUAUCCGCGGGAGCCGACUGGCGGCCCUCGGCCGCUUGCCUUUCACAUCCACGGUGCAGGACUACGCCGACCGCUUCCAGGCCCUGGCAUGCCAUGCGCCGGGCGUCUCCGCGACUCAGCGCACCGAGUUAUUUGUGGGCGGAUUACCGGACCAUAUUCGCGUGGACGUCGAGCUCCGGGAUCCCCCCGACCUCCAGACAGCCAUGUACUACGCCCGGUCCUUCGAACAGCGGGCUCAGGCGCUGCAGCAACCGGCCGGCUGGGGCGGCCGCCAUCCCAGUCGACCAGCACCGACUCCACCAUCACCGGGCCGGCUUCCUCCAGCCACGACGACCGCACCUCCGGCCACCACCCGGACCUUCCGUCGGUUGUCACCGGUCGAGCAGCAGGAGCGUCGCCGUCAGGGCCUCUGCUUCAACUGUGAUGAGCCCUACACGCCGACCCAUGUCUGCCCCCGCCUAUUUUACUUGGAGACGGUCGACUACACCGAGGCGGAG